AUGGAAAAGAGGGAGGGAAGGGAGCCCAACCAACUAGUGGAGCCCAAGGAUCCAAGAAGAAAAAAUGCCGUGGAAGUAAAGGCGGAAAGCUCCAAGAAGCCAUGGUACUUACACGUGGAAAAAACCAAACUAACCUAUUUUUUCGAUUUAAUCGAGGAGGACCUAUCUUGUGGGUUUAAAAGAAAAAUUAGCUUGGCCACUCUGGGCAGUGCAGACGGGUCUUCUGUCGAGGUGCACGACAAUGCGUUUAAGAGGGUCGCGGUCAAGACGGAGCAGCCAAGGGACGGUGAAGUGGGUGCCGAGGUGGGUACCGACGUGGCUAUCGAAGUUGCUACCGAAGUGGCUGUCGAAGUGGCUACCGAAGUGGGUGCCGAAAUGGGUGUCGAAGUAGGUGUCGAAAUGGGUGUCGAAAUUUGCACCGAGUCGGAAGAGAAAAAUGAAGAGGGGAAGGAAGACUACCCCGAGAGAUUGUUCCACGUGAGGGUGAGGGACGAGCACGAGCAGAGCGCCACGAUCAGCGAUGACCACUCAUUUGAGGAGCAAGUCGAGGACGACUUGAGAAGAGAGAUAACUACAAGCGCUGUACAAAGCUGCUCCGACGAGAUCGAACUCUCCAAUUAUGUGUAUCGAAAAGAACGAUCCAGACUAGCCAUGCGCUGCACGCAUGAUAAAAAGAGUUACAACUUAUUGCUCUACCUGAAUACGUUCUUGAGGGAGCUGACUUGGAGCAAGAAGGAUCAAAUCAAUGGUUUGUUAAAAGCAUUUAACCAGAAAAGAUUUAAUAAUAACAACAACAAAGGCAUGCGAAACAAUUUUAAGGCAGACUUGUACAGGGUGGUGAUACAUGCCGGGGGUAUCCUUUCCUUCAAAUUGCUAAAAAGUAACAACGAAAUUGGGAAAGAAACUUACUAUAUGAAUGAGGAGCUACUGCACUUAGAAAUUCAUAAUAUCCUAGGGAACAACUACCCCAUCAAGCAAAUUUUUUACAUGAAUCAGCAGGUCCGUGAUUUCCAGAGAGUGGUUAUGCCUCAAGAACUGCAAAGUGAUAAACCCAUUACAUGUGGUAUCCUUCUCGAUUUUGAUUACAUGGGUCGUUCGUUCGAAAUGAAUGAACAGAGGCCGAUGAAGCUGGUGGACUUGUUGGUGAUGCUGGAUAAGAUUUGCGAGCUCCUUCGCGAGAACUGCACCGUGAUUUAUGUGCACCUCGCGGAGCCAAACUAUGCGGGUACGAUAAGGGAGCUGAUUCUCCCGCAGCCGCAACGCGCUGCCAAGAACACGAACGGCGCACACCGGGGGCACGCAUGCAGGCACAAGAAGGCAUACAGCUACCUGUUCGGCGACCUGGAGAGUACGAUCAAGUUGUUUGAGGAGCGAAACAUAAAGGUGCCUUCGGCUAUACCUCAUGUGUCGCUCAAGAAAAAGAAAAACACAAUCGUGAAGGACAUCGCGAAAUUAUUUGAAAACCCCUACGUCGACAACAUUAUUCUCCUGUGCAAUGACGUAGAUGUGAUAUCUUAUUGUUACCAUGUUCGCCACAAGAUGAAAUACAAAAAUGGAGAAGCACGCAUGAAGGGAGAAUACACUUUUCGAUUCAUGAAACCAGUUUUGAUUUUCUCCUUCUUAAAUAAUCUGCCGAUUAGAAAUGGAAAAAUAUAUCCUCACCUCAUGCUGGACAGAUUCUGCUACAUGACUUUUAUCAUUACUACUUAUCUUUUAAGGUGCCAAGCGAGAAAAAUCGAGAAGGUGGCCGCAGAAAGUGAUUUCAAUGUGGACCCAGUGGAGGAGCUAAUUAGGAAGUAUAACUUUGAGAAUAGCAAACUGAAGAAGACCAUGAACAUGUUACUUCUUGAUGAUUUAUUGUACAAGGUGAAUGCGAAGGUGAAUAAGAAGACGAAUAAGAAGAUAGAUAAAAAGACGAAUGCGAAAUCGAAGACAAAUGCGAAAUCGAAGACGAAUGCCAAAUCAAAGACGACUGCCAAAUCAAAGACGACUGCCAAAUCAAAGACGACUGCGAAGAAGAAUGGAAAGACGAAGAGGAAGACAAAUAUGAAGUCAAAGACGAAUGCAAAAACGAAGAUGAGUGCGAAGACAACGAUGAAGGGAAAGACAAAGAAGAAUGCCAAAACAAAGAUGAAGGCAAAGAUGAACAAUUCGAAAACAAAGAUGAAGGCGAAGAGAAAGAAGAAGGCGGAUGCGGAGGUCUCCGUUUCGGACUUGCUGCGCAGGAGCUUUUCUUCGGUCUACUACCCCAUGCACUACUACUUGGAGGAAUCCUGA